AUGUCUGCAUCUGAUUCUAGUGCUGCUCUGCUCGGCUGCAAGGGUUCAGCCGAUUCCUACACAAGUAGACCCUCGGAUUCCGAGCUGUCCCUGGAGGAGGACCAGGAGGCGUCUCGGCGUGAAGCCGAGCGCCAGGCCCAGCUCCAGCUGGAGAGAGCCAAGACCAAACCCGUGGCCUUUGCAGUCAGAACCAACGUCAGUUACUGCGGGGCUCUGGAUGAGGACUGUCCUCUUCAAGGUGCUGCCAUUAACUUUGAAACCAAAGACUUUCUACAUAUAAAAGAGAAAUACAAUAAUGACUGGUGGAUAGGGCGGCUGGUGAAGGAGGGGGCAGAUAUCUGCUUCAUUCCCAGUCCGGUCAAACUGGAGGCCAUGAGAAUCAAACAGGAGCAGAAAGCAGCUCAGAGGAAGGCAGGAGGAAAUGCAUCAUCUGGAGGGUGGAAGGCACCGUCGCCUUCAGCGGCCAAACAGAAGCAAAAACAGACAGAACAUGUUCCUCCCUAUGAUGUGGUUCCAUCUAUGAGACCAGUUGUGUUAGUGGGGCCUUCACUGAAAGGAUAUGAGGUCACUGACAUGAUGCAGAAAGCACUCUUUGACUUUCUGAAACACAGGUUUGAUGGCAGGAUAUCCAUCACGCGAGUGACGGCAGAUCUUUCUCUGGCCAAGAGAUCUGUGAUUGGUAAGAAACCUAUCAUGGAGAGGUCCAACAUACGUUCCAGUCUGGCGGAGGUUCAGAGUGAGAUUGAGAGAAUAUUUGAACUGGCCAAGACGUUGCAGCUGGUGGUGUUAGACGCAGACACCAUCAACCACCCAGCCCAACUCCUCAAGACCUCACUGGCUCCAAUUAUUGUAUAUGUCAAAGUGUCCUCACCAAAGGUCCUUCAGAGACUCAUUAAAUCUCGAGGUAAAUCACAGAGUAAACAUCUGAACGUGCAGAUGAUGGCAGGAGAUAAACUGGCCCAGUGUCCUCCGGAGAUGUUUGAUGUCAUCUUGGAUGAGAAUCAGCUGGAGGACGCGUGUGAACACCUGGCGGAAUACCUGGACAUCUACUGGCGUGCCACUCACCUGCCUGGCUCUGCUCCCGUCAACCCCCUCUUAGAACAAAAUGUGGUCACCCCACCUUCUGCCAACUCCAGUCAACAGUUCUCUGAGACACAAGAAUUGAUUGAAUGA